AUGCCUAGGGAACUCAUCACACUACAGGCCGGACAGUGCGGCAACCAAAUUGGAUCUCACUUCUGGGAGCACCUGUGUCGCGAGCAUGGUAUCGCCAAGGACGGUACCUUGGAGGAGUAUGCUGCCGAGGAGCAGGGUGGCGAUCGCAAAGAUGUCUUUUUCUACCAGGCAGAUGACGAGCACUACAUUCCAAGAGCCAUUUUGGUGGAUCUCGAACCACGAGUGAUCAACAAUAUUCUAUCAGGGCCGUACAAGAAUCUGUACAAUCCAGAAAACAUCUACAGCAGCAAGACGGGAGGAGGUGCAGGAAACAACUGGGCGCAGGGGUAUGCGGCGGGCGAGAAGAUUGCGGACGAGCUCAUCGAGAUGGUCGAUCGAGAAGCGGAUGGCAGUGACAGCCUCGAGGGUUUCAUGCUCAUGCACUCGAUCGCGGGUGGCACAGGUUCCGGUCUUGGCUCCUUCCUGCUCGAAAGGCUCAACGACGCAUAUCCGAAGAAGCUCAUUCAAACCUACAGUGUCUUUCCCAACUCGGAAGAGACAUCUGAUGUCGUUGUGCAGCCAUACAACUCGCUUCUCUCGAUGAAGCGUCUCACAAACAACGCCGACAGCGUCAUCGUCCUCGACAACGCAGCCCUCAGCAGGAUCGCUGCAGACCGACUCCACCUUCAGAACCCGAGCUACAGCCAGACCAACCAGCUCGUUGCUACCGUCAUGGGCGCGUCGACCACCACGCUGCGCUUCCCCGGAUACAUGAACAAUGACCUCGUCGGCAUGAUCGCGUCACUCAUUCCGACACCGAGGGCGCACUUCCUCAUGACCUCAUACACACCAUUCACAUCCGACAACGUUGAGCGAGGCAAAGCAACCAUGAAGACCACCGUGCUCGACGUCAUGCGUCGUUUGCUACAACCCAAAAACCGCAUGGUCAGCACCCUUGGCGCCUCCAAGUCGAGCUGCUACAUCUCCAUCCUCAACAUCAUCCAGGGCGAAGUCGACCCUCGAGACGUGCACAAGUCGCUGCUGCGUAUUCGCGAACGACACCUUGCCAGCUUCAUCCCAUGGGGACCCGCUUCGAUUCAGGUCGCUCUGUCCAAGCGAAGCCCCUACGUGCCCAGCUCGCAUCGCGUCAGUGGUCUCAUGCUCGCCAAUCACACGGGAAUCGCCAGCUUGUUCAGAAGAAUGGUGGAUCAGUACGACAGGCUCAGGAAGAGAAGCGCCUUCUUGGAGAUGUACAAGCGCGAGCCGAUGUUCGCCAACGACCUGUCCGAAUUCGACGAGGCCAGAGAAACCGUGGCCGAGCUCAUGGCCGAGUACAAGGCCGCCGAGAGUCCGGAUUACAUCACAGGCCAGCCAGAUGAUCUCUGA